AUGGGUGCUCGGCCUGGAAAGAUUGUGAACUGCUUAUACCAAAAUCCUAAAGCAAUUUUUAGACUAAUUUGCUUUCCCUGGGCAGGAGGUGGCUCCAUUCAUUUUGCCAAAUGGGGUCAAACGAUUCAUGAUUCAAUGGAAGUGCACUCCAUAAGGCUUGCUGGAAGAGAAAGUCGAUAUGAAGAACCUUUUGCAAGUGAUUUCUUCCAUGUAGUUGAUGAAAUUAUUUGUGCUUUGCUGCCAAUCCUCCAGGAUAAACCGUUUGCAUUUUUUGGUCACAGCAUGGGAUCCUAUAUUGCCUUUAUGACUGCAGCACGACUGAAAGAAAGACAUCAGCUCGAGCCAAUGCAUUUGUUUGUGUCAAGUGCAAAUGCUCCUCAUGUAAGUGUCCGGCUUCCAAUUCCAGAAGACAAAGAUCUGACAGAAAAUAGAAUUUACCAUUUUCUUGCGACUAAUGGAGGCACUCCCCAAAAUUUAAUUGACAACUCACAUCUUCAAGAACAUGUUCCUGUACUGAUGGCAGAUAUAAACCUGAUGAGGAGUUUUAUCUUUGAAAUCCAAUCUGAGGCUGUCCUUUCUUGUGACUUAACAUGUUUCCUUGGAUCUGAAGAUGAAUUGAUAAAGGGUGCAGAAGCUUGGAAAGCUGUAACCAGUGGGAGUUUUGACUUGCACUGUCUGCCAGGAAAUCACUUUUAUCUUAUAGAGUCAUCCAUUGAGAAUUUCAUCAAGGAGUACAUAACCAAGUGUCUAGAACUAACGACACUUUGUUAG